AUGACGCAUGGUGUGCAAUUUGUUGUUGGUAUGGAGUGCAAAAAUAUCGAAGAUCUUCAUGUUUUAGCUCCUGCUGGUUUGAAGGUGGAAGAUUUGGAAUCUGCACGCAAGAAAUUGAUAGAAAAAGUAGAUAAGCUUCCUAGGGAUAAAAGAACGCAAACAUGGGUUGCAACUCCUUUGGCUUCGAGAGCUACUAUUGCUGUUUGGAAACCCAAUGAUGUUGACGCUAGUGCCAAGGGUGCCAUUACUGACAAUUCAACUUUGCAGUAUAUUCCCUCUAGAUAUAUCUAUGGAUCUCAUUAUUGGCUAAGAGAAACAACCGAACAAGUUUCUGGAAUUUACAAUAGGGCAUCCAACGUUGAAUGUGAUCCAAUAUUGAGAACUACUACUGCGCCAUCUUCCAUCAACACCUUUAGAAGGUCAAGACAACCGACACAACAGGAGACUGAAAUUCCCAAUAGGGAGUCCAAUUUUGAAGGUAACACAACUUCUGGAGUUUCUGCUGGGUUUGAUAUCAACAUGGUUGAUGUCACUGUGCCUACGUCUGAAAUUGAUAUCGCAGAAAAAGAGAUUGCUAGCCCCAGUAGUGCCAACAACUCAAACCGUUUAUCUGGAGAUAAAGAGAUUCCUUUUACAUACUUGGCUACGAUGUUGUCAGAUAGGGCUGAGAAGAUGGAUGACGCACCAUGCAUCCUGAAUAAAAUCAAGUGUGUCAUGGCUACCAUAGAAGAAUUUUCGUUUAAGAAUAGAGCAAAGUAUCAGCUUCUCGUUUCUGUUGAUGAUGGGAGCCUCAUUUCUGAGGUUUAUAUCGAUCACCAAGUUGUGCAAAGUUGA